AUGCGUGAGCACACUGACCACCCUUUCUCCGUGCCUCACCUACAUCACCGGAAACUCAACCACUCCCUCACAGACUUGCUGCUCUCAGCUCGACUCUGUCAUCAAAUCUUCGCCGCAGUGUCAUCUGCUCUGCCAUAUAGUCUCACUCACAACAGUAUUUGUAUAUUAGUGGCCACUGGGCCGACAGCACCUCUUCCCGCACUUUCUCCGACGGAGGAGAACCCAGGUGUGGCACUAACCCCAUCCUCAUCACCAGGUGGUCGUUCAGGAGUUGGAGGUGGUUCCAAGACCACCCUUCCACUGGGCCCGGCUCAUCCUCCGGGAGCGUCGACCGUGUGCCACCCCAUUUGCUUACAUAUACUAUAUUUGUGGUCUGGACCUCCUCUCUUCUUAAUCAAUUCUAAGAGUUCAUGUAUUUGAGAAUUUGAUUUCCACUUUUACUAAUUUAUCCGGUUGUUGUUAAGCUGCUGUACCAAAUUUAUAUGUCAGUUGUGUAUUUUAUUUGUUUAGCUAUUUUCAGUUGAUGGGAUCGAAUCAUUGAAUUUAUUGUCUAUAUAAAAUAAUCAUUACAUUUUCAAAGAAACUAAAAUUUCGUUGUGAAUA